GUCCUGCAAACGCGCGCCGGGCGCUUUCCCCGGAGCUCGGCGGUGCGUGCGAGCGCCCUUUUGCAGCAGCCCCAGCGCCUGCUGCCCGAGGGGGCGGAGAGGGGGGGCUACGGUCGGGCGGCCGGGAGGGCGGGGGGCGGCGUCCCCCCUCAAAACCGCCUGCAAAGUGCUUUGGGCUGCAGAAGCAGGCCGCCGGCUCAGAGGAGCGAGCCGCUCACCCCGGGGCUGAGCGGGCGCGCGGGGCUGCUGGGCAGCGCCGCGGUUGCUGGUGGGCUCUAGUGUCCUCGGCGCGGGGCUCAGGCUCACCAUGCCCCUGCGGGGCCUGGCCGCCGGGCACAAACGGAUCCCCGGCUUGCCUCCGCCUCGAAGCGCUCGGAUUAGCUGCAGCCGGCACCCAAGGAUUUGAAUCCGGACCCCGGGAGGGAGCGCGCUAGGCCGACCUCGGAGUGGCGCCCCGCGGCCAACAUGCUUCGCAAAGGGUGCUGUGUGGAGCUGCUGCUGCUGCUGCUGGCCGGGGAGCUGCCCUUGGGCCGCGGCUGCCCGCGGGACUGCGUGUGCUACCCGGCGCCCAUGACGGUCAGCUGCCAGGCGCACAACUUUGCGGCCAUCCCCGAGGGCAUCCCGGAGGACAGUGAGCGCAUCUUCCUGCAGAACAACCGCAUCAGCCUCCUGCAGCCGGGCCGCUUCAGCCCCGCCAUGGUCACCCUGUGGAUCUACUCCAAUAAUAUCACCUUCAUCGACCCCAACACCUUCGAGGGCUUCGUGCACCUGGAGGAGCUGGACCUUGGCGACAACCGGCAGCUGAGGACCCUGGCGCCCGAGACCUUCCAGGGCCUGGUGAGACUCCACGCCCUCUACCUCUAUAAGUGUGGGCUCAGUGCCCUGCCGGCGGGCAUCUUCGGUGGCCUGCACAGCCUGCAGUACCUCUACCUGCAGGACAACCACAUCGAGUACCUCCAGGACGACAUCUUUGUGGACCUGGUCAACCUCAGCCACCUGUUUCUUCACGGCAACAAGCUGUGGAGCCUGGGCCAGGACACCUUCCGCGGCCUGGUGAACCUGGACCGGCUCCUGCUGCACGAGAACCAGCUGCAGUGGGUCCACCACAAGGCUUUCCACGACCUCCGCAGGCUGACCACCCUCUUCCUCUUCAACAACAGCCUCACCGAGCUGCAGGGCGACUGCCUGGCACCCCUGGGGGCCCUGGAGUUCCUCCGUCUCAACGGGAACGCCUGGGACUGUGGCUGCCGGGCGCGCUCCCUGUGGGAAUGGCUGCGGAGGUUCCGCGGCUCCAGCUCCGCUGUCCCCUGUGUGUCCCCUGAGCUGAGGCAGGGCCAGGACCUGAAGCUCCUGAGGGCCGAGGACUUCCGGAACUGCACCGGGCCAGUGUCCCCUCACCAGAUCAAGUCACACACGCUCACCACCACCGACAGGGCCGCCCGCAAGGAGCACCACCCAGCCCACGGCUCCACCAGGGACAAGGGCCACCCCCACGGCCAUCUGCCCGGCUCCCGGCCAGGCCACAGGAAGCCAGGCAAGAACUGCACCAGCCACAGGAAUCGCAACCAGGUCUCGAAGGCGGGAUCCGGGAAGCAGGCCCACGAGCUGCAGGACUACCCUCCCGAUUACCAGCAGAAGUUCAGCUUUGACAUCAUGCCCACAGCACGGCCCAAGAGGAAGGGCAAGUGUGCCCGCAGGACCCCCAUCCGUGCCCCCAGCGGGGUGCAGCAGGCCUCUGCGGGCAGUUCCCUGGGGGCCUCGCUCCUGGCCUGGAUACUGGGGCUGGCGGUCACUCUCCGCUGAGGGCCAGGACACCAACACCCAGCACUGCCACGUGUCCGCCGCGGAACAGAGUUUCUUUUCUUUUUUUACGAGUGGAGGAUCUGCUGGGCUUCAGGCAAAGGCUGGUAGAGGCUUUGGUUGCUGUCCGGGCCCUGCCCGGUGGAUUAUAAACCCAAAAGUGUACAGCCCCGAGGGGGAUGGAACCAGCCCCUUUCACCCAGCCACUCCAGCCAGCCCCUCCCAGCACCCACGGACGCCUCCCAUCCAGCAAGGCGGCUACAGCGAAUCCUUCAUUAGCAACGGUGGGGAGGGGCCUCUCGGGAGCUGGGGUCUGUGGAGCCCUGGUCUCUUGGAGAGGCCCCGAGGGCCCCUGCCAUUCCUGGAGAAAGCAGGACUCAGAGGGGGACAGGCGAGGCUCACCCGGGAGGCUGGGCCGCCCAGCCGGCCAGGGGCGCGCUCAGCAGGUGGCAUUCUGGCUCUCGCUGGAGGUCACUUAGUCAACCUGCCCUGGAUCCUUCCAUGUGCCACCUUCAGUCCCUCCCUCAGGGGUAACACCGCUCAUUCCUGAUGUCUCAGGCAGCCCUGGCAGACCCAGGCCCAGCUGCGGGGCUCCAAGAACCAACUACCAAAGGAAAGAUCAUCAGAGGCUGAAAUUUAGAACUUCACGGUGGAAUGAAGUUCUCACAGAAGGUGCCGUUUUAUAAUUAUGUCCACUUAUAUAUAUAUAUACACACACACACACACUCCACAUCUAUAUAUAUACACACACACAAUGCACAGCCGCCCACCCCCACUCCGUACCAAACUGUAUGUCUUCUCAUGUUUAUAAACUAUACAGAAAACUAUAUCUGCUGAACUAAGGAUUGUACUGGUGAUUUCUAGCAAAAAAAAAAAAAAAGAACUAUAGGAUUUUUGUCUAGAAUCCAAACCUGGCAAGGACUGUCCUCAUGUAAUCUGGGGUGGCCAGGGGC